CCAGCACCAGCAGGUGGUUUUCAGCAGAGGCAGCCUUUCCAGGCUAGACAGGGGCCAGUUCCUCAGCAGCAACCUCAACGUUAGUAUGUCGAGCCAGCAGCAACCCCGGCUCUAGAUAAUCAGAUGACGGAGCUGAAAAACAUUCAAGCGGCAUUCAUGACUACCACCCAGGAAACUUUUAUGAGGAUGGACCAGAGCAUAGCCUCACUGGAGGCAGGCUAGAGGAACCAAGCUGUCGUUUUGCAAGAUUUACAAAACCAGAUGGGUAGUAUGGCUCGCCAAAUUAAUACCCGAGCCCCGGGAACUCUACCUGCCACUACCAUCCCCAAUCCACGGGAGCCGCACCAGCAGCUGAAUGCCAUCACCACUAGGAGUGGCAAGUCUACAUCGGCGGUACCUGCCCAGGCUAGGGAGGAAGAGCCACUGCCUGCUUCACCACUUCCAGCCGAUGAUGUAGAAGUGAGGGUGGAGAAGGAAGCCCCUGCUCCCAAGCCACAACCAGUGGUUAAGGAGCAUGUACCCCAACUUCCCUUCCCCACUCGACUACAUAAAGAUAAGCUAGAGACUGAGUUUGCCAAGUUCAUGGCAAUGUUGAAGCAGCUCAAUGUCAACAUACCCUUCAUGGAGGCACUGUCGAAGAUUCCCAAGUACGCCAAGUUCAUGAAGGAUCUCCUCAGCAACAAGAAGAAAUUUGGGGAUAUUUCGACAGUAAUGCUGAGCGAGGAGUGUUCUGCCAUCUUGCAGAACAAGAUGCCCGAAAAGCGCAAGGACCCAGGGAGUUUCACUAUCCCUCUUAAUAUUGGCAGCAUGCAUGUAGGGAAGUCCUUGGCGGACCUAGGCGCUAGCAUAAAUGUCAUGCCAUACAAUCUGUUUAAAAAGUUAGACCUAGGUGAACUCAGCCCUACUAGGAUGAGUAUUCAAUUAGCUGAUCGCUCUAUUGUGCAUCCUAGGGGUAUCAUAGAGGAUCUGCUUGUUAAAGUAGGCGCAUUCACGUAUCCUGUUGAUUUCGUUGUUCUGGAUAUAAAUGAGGAUGUGGAUGUGCCUUUGAUUCUGGGUAGACCACUUCUUGCCACUGCCAAGGCACUUAUUGAUGUGCAUAGUGGUAAACUGAUCUUGCGUGCUGGGAAUGAACAUGCUACUUUUUCUGUGGCUGACCCUGAUCAUUGUGAUAUGCAUGCUGUCAAACCUAUGCAUGCUAUUUCUCACCAGGUACACGAGCAUGUCGUGUACCCCCAUGUGCAUCUCGUUUUGCAGGAUCCCCCUCUCACGCCUGCUCCGCCACUCCCUUCAACCUCACCACCAAACAAAAGGAUCAAAGAGGAGUGGCAGCCGAAGCCGCAGGUGGCUAAGCCUGCACGGAAGAAAGGUGGAGACCAUUAUGAGCUGGUUCCACCUCCUGCACCACGACCACCCUGGCCAUCCGAGUACUCACUCGCGUGCAUCUUGCCGGAUGGCCAGGUCGAGCUGAUCAAUGCUGGUGGUCGCACCCAUCGGGUGCAUGGUCAUCAUCUGAAGCUGUACCUCAAGAGCAAUGUGGAUCCGCUCUUGGAGGCACCUGCUCCUGCACCCCGCUGAGUAUCCACCAUGGGCGUCCAGCUAAAAGACGGUAAAGAAGCGCUUGUGGGGAGGCAACCCCACCACGGUUUUCAUUUAUUUCUUUUGUUUUGAGUCGGUGACACGCCAAAACACAACACCAAACUGCGACCAAGUGUAAUCGCAGUCCGGGAAUGCAGUAAAAUGGCAAGUUCUAUUAUCAACCCGGGGUCUAGAUCUACUGCUUACUCCGUGAUUAUCUAUUAUCUAGCCAACUAAGUUAAGUGAUUGUUGUUUAAAGCAAAAGCAGAAAGAAAGCAGGAAUUGGUACGGUUUUCUCAAGCAAAGAAGAGUCACUCGAGAAUGAGUCCCCCUAGCUCCUUAGUUAGGUCUCAAUUGUAAUUUCCCUGGGUUGAUUUACUGUUGAUUAGACUGCGGAAGAUCCGACAGUAGCUUGGAAUCUCUUAAGCUGACCAAGCCCUCUCAGUCUAACUACCCGACAGACGACUAGUCUUCACCAGAAUAGAAAGCUGAAGCAAUAAGCACAGAACUCCACUACUGGAAUUGGAUUCCAGUACAAAGCAGUAAACUGGCUAACUCUCGUAUAGCCAAUCUCCUACUACCGAAUGAUGAGGCUCUAACAACCUAAUCAGAUUCUAUCUAUCUCAGGUUGCAGCAGAAAUCAGGAAAAGCUGAUCAGACUUCAAUUGACUCAAUAAACAUGCAUCAUUCGAUUAUAACCAAGCAGUAAUAUCAUCCCAAGUCAUUACAAUCAAAUCCCUAACACAUAGAACUAGGGUUCUUCAUACCCAAGUGAGAGAAGGGUUCUACUCCAUAGAGAGAGAGGGGAAAACAGAAUACAAAGCAGUCAUACUCAUAUCAAUGGGAAGAAUAUGCUCUGGGAUGAUGAUUUCCACUCCUAUGACGAUCUCCAAGCUCGAUUUGAUGAAACCCAGCUCCAAGAGGGCUUCUAGGAUGUGUUCUUUGUACUUUCUCUCUCUAGGGCUCUGUUUUUGCUCUCAAAAUCUGAUUCUCUCACUUGCAGCCCGAAAUUGGGUAAAAACCAGAAAUUCCUGACUCACACGGGCAGGCCUGACGGCCGUGUGGCAUACCCAGUUUCCCGUGUGAGGUCAAAACGCCGCGUUCCGAGUAAUUGGGUUUCAGGCUUCCCACACGGCCAGGGCCACACGGCCGUGUAGCUCACCCAGCAUGGCCAUGUGAAGCCUCGCAGAAUUCCACACGGCCAAAUUGCAACUUCACACGGCCGUGUGGAUUUUACUUGUGCCCGUGUGAAGGCUCGCACAAUCCCACACGGCCAAAUUGGUCACUUGCACGGCCGUGUGAGUUGUGAGUGUGCCCGUGUGGCGUCCUUUGUGACUUGCCUCGCGCCCGAUCUUCGUCCAAUCGAACCCGAACUCGCUCCUAAACCUUCAUUCACUUGCUAGGACCUGAAAUAUCACAAACAAACACAACCUAGCGUGAAAUCGGCCUAAAACACGAGAAUCAACAUCUCAAACGGCUCCAGAAUAGGGAUAAAAACAUGUGCAAUUAACGGCUUAUCAAUCG